AUAUCCGUUUCUUCCCCGUAAGGACCUCUGUUCCUAUGAAACGCAAGUGUUAAAAAAAAAACCAUUAGAAUUGAACCACUUCAAUCCAACGACACGGGAUGUAUUCAAUCGUGGAAUAUAAAGGUUUAAAGUCGGGUUAUCAUUGUGGAUAUUGUAACCUGGAAGAUGGAAAGGCGUCCACGGGUAUGUGGGCUCACACUAUGACUGUUCAAGACUAUCAAGAUCUAAUUGACCGAGGUUGGAGGAGGAGUGGCAUGUACGUUUAUAAGCCUGCAAUGAAUCGAACAUGUUGCCCGCAGUAUGCAAUAAGAUGUCAUAUUUUGGACUUCAAGCUUGCAAAGUCCUCAAAGAAAGUAUUAAAAAAAAUGACACGGUUUCUCUCCAAAGGAGACGGAGCAAAAGGUAUUGUUGAACCUAUGGAAUCCUUCAAUGAAGAUAUUGGAAUUGGUCACGUACCUUCACCAUGUACCUCAGAAGUUAACAGAGAACUGGAGAAACCUUUGAAGAUUGUGAGCCUUGAAGAAGUACCCACGUCUACUGAAGUACAUGAGAAACCUCAGACAGACCCUGCUGGAGAUAAUAGGGAUCCAGGUCAAAAACACACCUCUGCAGAGGCUAAUGCAACCACUGAAUCAUUGAAUAGUAAUCCUAAACCAGGCAGAGGACCCGAUCCAGAUAAACCACCAUGCCGCAAAGCAAAAGAUCUUCGGAGAGAGAGAAAAUUGAAAAAGCUGCUUCAGAAACAGCAACAAAUUGGAAUGGCCGAUGUCUCCCAGCACCAAGAAGCCACUUGUGAAACCCCCAAAGCAUUACUCUUGCAGCAUCGAGACCCACAAGGAAAUCAACCAAAAUCAUUGGAAGAACUUACUUCUGAAUCUUUAUCUCCAGAUGCAGUGCAUCAAUUAGAGGUGAAACUAGUGCCAGUUUCCCUCGAUGAUCCAGCUUUCAAUGAAUCCUUUAACCAAUCAGCAACUCUGUACUCCAAGUAUCAGAUGGCUGUGCACCACGAUUCACCUGAUGAAUGUAGUGCAUCAGAGUAUACACGAUUCCUUUGUCAGUCUCCACUCCAGGCAGAGAAUCCACCUGAUGGUCCUGAUUUGGGUUAUGGAUCAUUUCAUCAACAGUACUGGUUGGAUGGAAAGAUUAUUGCAGUUGGAGUAAUCGAUAUUCUUCCUCGUGCUGUCUCCUCUGUGUACCUUUAUUACGAUCCAGAUUAUGCAUUCUUAUCAUUGGGUGUUUAUUCUGCAGUCAGGGAAAUUGCUUUUACCACUGAGCUACAGAAGAUAGUCCCUGAUAUCUGUUGUUACUACAUGGGCUUCUACAUACAUUCAUGUCCUAAGAUGAAGUAUAAGGGCCAGUACUAUCCAUCCGAAUUAUUGUGUCCCGAGACUUAUAACUGGGUGCCCAUUGAGAAGUGUAGGGCAAAGUUAGACCAAUCUGAAUAUAGCCGGCUACAUGAAAAUCCAAAUUCAGAAGAUGAAAACCGUCUCCAAAACCUGAAUAAAGUUCUGAUACUGUACAGGAAUACAAUGAUGCCUUAUAACAUCUAUCGGAGACGGCAGAAGAGAGCUAAUGAUGAAGCUGUAGUACAGCAAUAUGCAAACCUGGUUGGACAGACCUGUGCAGAACGGAUGGUGCUUUAUCGAAAUUAAUCUUUUUAAUGUUAAAUAUGUACAAUUAAAAUAACAUGUCAUACUGAGUAUAAAAAUACAUAGCAUGUUAAACAUAGUUUGCACACAAAGGUGUCUUACACAACAUUUGCUUGGAUAUAUCAUCCUCAAGUGUUUUCCAGGUCAGAACAGGUCAUUUCAAUUUGCUGGAGGUAAAUACAUAUACUUCACUAUAGACAUAACGUUGUCUGAAGAAAGAUCCUGACCUGAACCGUCACCUAUCCAUGUUAUCCAGAGAUGCUGCUUAACCCACUGAGUUACUCUAGCAUUUUGCAUCUUUGAAUUGGGUAGGGAAUUUCACAUUAAUCAGAGGCCCUGUAGGUAUUGUGGUAUGCUAGAAUGUUGCUGUAGAAAACUUUGUUUAAAUGUUUAAAAUAGACACAAAAUGCUGGAGUAACUCAGCGGGAUAGGCAAUAACUGGAUAGAAGGGAAUGGUGACAUUUCAGGUCGAGACU